AUCAACUCAAACCGGAUGUUGGUUAAGGAGCGAAUUUUAAACCGUAAACGUUGAAUGCAUCUGCAAGAAUUUAAUAAGAAUACACUGUGUCAUAAUCUGAGGUAAAACUUAUUGAGACACAAUGGAGAGGACUAGGGCAAAAGGUGAUUUUGCAAGUGCGUAUAAACUGUCUCUUGCCACUUUUGACAAGAAAGCAGUUCGCAGGGAACGAAGGUCCAUUGAGCAGAAAGAGAUCCGUAUUGAAGGCAUUAACAAAAGGAGGAAUUUGCAAGACCUUUCACCUCUACAGGAAAUAGAUCAAACUAUCAACAGCACACAUUACAAAGGAAAAACUCCUCUUAAAAGAGAAGAAACUACGAGCAGUGAGAAGGUACCAAGUCGCUUGGAACAAUUGAAAAAAUGGAGAGAGGAGAGGGACAAAAAGAGGAGAGAAGAGAUUGUGAACUCCAGAAACCCAGUAUUCAAAGUUGGAAAAACUGACCACAAGGACACAUAUUUAUACAAAAAAGAAAAUUUGAAGAAGCAUCCGGUGAAACCAGUCCCAAUACCAGAUAGUAUUAAAGUAGCUGCAACAACUAAGGCAAUAUUAGCCCUAGAGAAGUCAAAGUUACCUGUAAAGGCACAAAAGUCCAGCAUGAAACCAGUUGUGACUGGCCCCAAAACCAGCCAGUCUGUGGCAAGCAGUAAACAGUCUCAGCCUGCCACCAUCCGCGCACAGUCUAGGGAGACAAAGCCCUCUAGAGCCUCGGCAAAAAAAACUUGCUGGCUCAAAAUCGUCCUCCUUAAAUGUGCCAAGCCAAAAUGUGCAAAAGGUGACAGCAAGCAUUAAUAGAUCUCAGCCAUCAUCACGGGCAACACAUAGCAUGACCCAGGCCGCGUCUGUAGCAUCAUCAGCUACAUUGUCCAUUGAAGAGUUCAAAAAGCCUGACAUGUCGAAGGUCACCACUAGUCGUGGAGCAGAGAGCGUCGAAUCUUCCUUUGCCCCAGAUGAUUUCACAUUCAAUGCGUCGACAUUCACUGUCCCUUCAUUUGUGUUCCAACCACUGUCACCUAACAGUGCAGCCAAGUUUCUCCACCCAGGGCAGGACAACUCAUGUGCUUCAUUCCUGGAAUGUGGACCAAAACGGAACUCUACCCCCAUAAGAGAGACCAGAACUAGUCGGUCAUCUUUGAAAACUGAAGACAAGUCCAUGCAUGAAACAAUUAUCCACUUUUCCGACCAAACGACAAACAAGGUAGGGGGCGUGCGUCGUUCAUCCCGACUUGCUUCAAGAUCAAAUGUUGCCGAUGAGUCUGCUUUAAAUCUGUCCUCCACCUUGGUGGAAGGAGCCAGUCCUUCAUUCAGUGUGCAACAAAGCAAGCGCCGCUCUGUUUCCAUAAGCCAUGUAGAGUCUGAGGCUACAAUUAUUCACUUGGCAAAAGAAGUUGAUGCAUUUGAAAAAAACAUACUAGAGAAAGAGAUGGCUGAGGUGACGGAGAAUGUGCAAGAGAUAUCUAAGUCCACGAGGAUUGAAGCGUCAGGGAAUAGAGAAGAAGCUGCUGCUGUUGAGCAAGAGGUGUUGGUAACUCCAAGAAUGUCAAGGAAGUCUAGGAAGUCUGUGAUGAUUAUCGCCCCUGGUGAUGAUGUACCCACAGUAGGGCCUACUGAGUCUAGACAGGCAGGUCUGAUCCCUGACAAAGGGUUGGUCAUUGAGACAACAAGCUGUAAUUCUACUGUAGUCAGCAAAGCUGCAACACCCUCCAUACUGCGUAAAAGCAAGCGUAGGUCUGUGAUGACUGCGUCAGAAAUAGCUGCCGAACAAGUCCCCACCUCAAUCACGCCACAGAGGUCACGCAGGUCUGUUGGGUCAGUUCUGAAAGGGGUUGAUUACUCGACACCUGCUGCUACAAAAGAUGAAACUCCCUCAUCAACUAGGUCAAAGAGAAGGUCAAUUGUCUCGGAAACCAUGCCAGAGGAACACGAUGAGUCUGCUCCGGUCACCACAUCUACACCCAGUAUGCGAAGGAGCUCCAGAAAGUCUGUUGCUAUCGCUCCAGUUGUAGAAGAGAUAGCCGAAUGUGUAGAUGGCAACCAGGACCAGGGUCAGGACAUGGAAAUGGGGCCAUCUGAAGUUGUGUCAUCCAUUCCUCAUGUUGGUCCAAAGUCUGGUGAGGAUACUUCGGACAGUAAUGAUGAGGUGUUCAAUGAUUCCCUGAAGGAAAAUAUCUCUCCAAGACGAAAUGUGAGGACACCAAAACACAUUCGGAACAAGUCCUUUGGAGGUUUUAGGCUGCCCAGUGCUGACUCAGUUGUGCUGUCUGGAAAACGAAAGAGAAAGAGCAUGUUGCCAAAAAGCCCAGAAGAAUGGGUCCAAGUACUGGAGAAUUCUCCUAUGGUGGAAAUGACAAGGAGGAAACCCAAACAUACCAACACUUCGCUGCCCAUCAUGGAUCUGGACGAGGACAUAUUGGCUGAUACUUACCUGGUCUCUUCCGACAAGGCGGGGCCCAGUAAUGCAGUUACCUGCCCUUCUCCUGUCACCCGACCGGUAGUGUCGCGGGAAGAGGCGGUGUCGAGUGAAGUUGAACCGAGUGUCAUGGAUACUGAGGCCGCAUCUAGUGAGCCAUGCAGCAAAACCACAGGUACACCUGUGAACCACAAAGAAACUGUGCAAGUUGAAGAGAUUACAAGCACACAAAGUGGAAGUGAUGGAGAGGAGACGUGUUCAGGGGAGGGCACUGUGUAUGACGUGCUGUACUUCCGCAACCUGCUUGUCACUGAGACCGUGAGACUGCGCAGUCUGUGCCAGAAAUGGGACCUAAUCAACACACCAGAUCUCACUGAGGAAGUACAAGGUCAGAUUCGUACAACUGUUGGUAAGGCCCAGCUGUUGAUGAACCAGCGCUUUAAGCAGUUUGAAGGCCUUGUGGACGCAUGUGAGUUCAACACAGGCGAGAAACGAACCACCUGCAUUGACCUCAAGGGUUUCUGGGAUAUGGUCAACAUUCAGGUUGAGGAUGUUAAUGACAAGUUCGAUGAACUCACGAAACGCCAGGCCAGGGACUGGGACCAUCUCACACCAAAAAUGCUUCCAGUAAAAGUAGUCAAGAAAAAGGUCAAGAAGGCUCCAGUGGUCAAGGCCGGCAAGUCCAAGUUUGCUGCAUUUAGGGCCCAAAUGAAACAGAAACCCCAGCCUGUGAGGUCUCCUGGACAGAAAAAAACACCAAAGUUCAACCCAAGAGCUGGAACCCCAACAAAGAAAGCCACACCCUCCACACCGACGGGCAAACCAGCCAGCACUGAAAACACCCCAGCCAGCUCAGAGCAUACACAGGUCACCCAGGACACCAAGGAGACGCUUGCAUUACCAGCCACCAACACACAAAGAUUUGCAGGGGUGAGAACUCCUGCUAGGAAGAGUUACGUUCCCGUUGUUCCCAGCCCCUUGUUGCAGGAUACCACCCCUGCUCCCAGACCCACAAGGACGUGUACACAGAAGACCCCUAAAAGGCCUUUAGAAGAUGAGGACAUGAUCACGAGUGAUUGCAAGCGGUUGAAGGCCACUCCUGGACGGGGCCUACGACCUCGCAGAUCAGUCAACUUCUCUGAAGAAGCCCCCGCCUCUCCAGCUGUCGGUGCGUUAGAUCCGGAGAUGGCCCGCCUCCUGCAGCCCACAGUCAUUGAGUCGCCUGGCAGCGAUACUGAUAUUUUGAGGUAUCUACAGCCGACUGAAAGCACGUCCAACACGGACAAUGUUAUGGGCGGUCAGGAGGAUGACAUAUUCGCAAAGUACUUGCAGCCUCAAGAAAAUGAAGUUCCUCCAGAGAAGACAUCAAAAGGUCGACGGUCGAGUCUUAAGGGCUGUCGUUCAACGGAGAGACGCCGGUCUAAAAGCGCUGCUGUGCAUUUCUCAGGCUCCAGUGAUGAAGAAGCCUCACACAUGAAGUUUCCAAGAACGCCCUACAACAGGGACUCCAUAGCCAAGCCAAGAAGGUCCAUAAGACGUUCAAGCAUAGUUCAGAAGAACGAUGAUGAUGAUGAUGACAUUUUCAGCAUCAACAACAUCGACAAUAAUGAGAACAUCCCACCACCUUCCUUUAGGUCACCGAGGCCCAGUUUGUUGGGCACGCCCCCAAACAUGAACCGUAGCCGUAAGGUGAACAGAGACGUGCCAACAGCCACCCUGAUUUCAUUCACGCCAUGAGGCAUCAAAACCGUAUUUAAUGCAUGUGCCUGAGACUUUUGCCAUUUUAUGGAUUUUGUUUAAAGUGAACAGAUAUGUGCAAACAGCCACCAUGAUUUCAUUCACACUAUGAGGCACACACACGCUGUUCUGUGAUUUAGUUGUCUGUAACCUCACUUAUCUGAUAGUUUGCAGCCGCGGUCAGUCAAAUGCUGCUGUGCCCAGUGCAGUUCAGCUGAAGUUAAAUUAAAAUGCCUCUACACAACGUUCAAACAGUUAAUCAGGUUCCUCACAGGACAUUUCUUGUUUUUGUGACCAUGUAAAGAUUUUUGCAAAAUAACGACGCUAAAUCGCCUGUAACAUUUUUCUUUGAAUGUUGAAAGAACCAUGUUUAUUGAUGGGUUUCAAAGAGGUGCGAUAAAGUGCAAAGGAAUCUACUAUACAUGUAAAUAUAGUUUUAGCAUAGCAACUUAUAUUUGCCUGCGUUAUCAUAGAGUUUGCUAUAUGACAUUUUUAUUCCAUUGUUAUGUAAACUUUUGCAUUAAUCCGAAAACUCACGCCGAGGAGUAUGCCAUUCAUUUUUGUGAAAUAAAAGUAUGACUAUGUAUAAGCAGUUUUUAAAUCUCAACAUUUCAAACCAUAUGGAGUAAGGUACAUUUCAUAUUACUUUAAUUAAUUUCUACUUAAACUUACUGAUAUUAAAUUAAUAUUUAAAAUAUAUAUUUCUUAUGUAUUUUUAAAGUUAAAUAAAGUUAUCUUUAUAUAUAUGAAUAGCUUAACUUAAAAUUUUUUACUGGAAAUCCAAAAACAACACAGACUGUUAUUAUUUAGAAUGUAGAAAAUAACUGUGUGUAUUUGUAGUCGAAAGUUAAAAAUGUUUAUAUUGAAAUGUUCUAUUAUGAAAGCUAUAUAUGAUCUAUAUGUGUGUACUACAAAUAGUUAUAAAACUAACAAAAAUAACUGACAACCUUACUUAUCUCAUAAAAUGCGUGUUACCAAUGACAAUUGUACAAUAUGACGUUAUUAUUUGACUAUUUAUUAACACCAUGAAAAAUAAAGAACAUUAUUUUGAUGUGAAUGUCUGCUCUGUGUGCUCUUUUCCUACUGUUUAACAUUGCUGUUCAUCUUUUGUUUUCCUCCUCUUUUUUGACAUGUUCCGUAAAAUCUUAAUUUUCUGUAAGUUACAGUUAACUAAGUAACAGUUUUGAUACUUUUUUAAUGUUUUUGUUCAACCUUUUGGUUUUCUCCUCGUUUUUUUAAAUGUUCCGUAAAAUCUUAUUUUUCUGUAUGAUUUUUUCUUAUGUCUUAUAACUUUGUAGUCUAUGACGUUAAAGUAACAUUUAUAACUUGUGACAUUGUUCAGUAACUGAUAAAUACAGUGAUUGUUUACAUAAAUAAAAGUUGUAUGUUAGUUAAUAUUGUUUGUCUAUUUAUAAUCUAGUCCAACUGUCCGUUGUGUAUUUGUUUGCCUGGUCCCCAGCCGCUGUAUUAAGUGUUUUGAUUGUUUCAAGUCUUUUCAUGUGAUAUUAAUAAACUACAUGAUAAUUUUUUGGGUAUACUUUCUCGGCGUAGUUUGAUAAUGCGGCCAAAUGACAUGAUAAGAUGACGUGCAUUUUUCUUUGAUUUCAGAUUUUAAAUUGUCAAUUUUAGCGGACAAACCAUUUUCAUUCGCGAAUUGCAGAUUUUUGUCUUUUUUUCACCUAAACAUUUGGAAAUGUAGGCCGUUAAUUCAGCUCAAAUAAACCACUUCUACCAACUUUAAGGUUUCAAUAAUAUAAUAAUAAUAAUAAUCUCUUUAUUUAUUUUCCAAAGGUAACUCAUUAAAACAUCAAAUUGAUACAAAGUCAUGCAAAAAGUUUAACAAUGGCAAUUCUAUUUUCAAUGAGACCUUCUAACAACUAUGGUAUGUGUAAUGCAUUUCUGCAUUAUUGUGCGAACAUGUAGACUUUGACAGACAUAAGAGAACUGUAACCGUGUAAUAAAAGUGCCAUAAAAAGCAAGUCUAUUACAUGACUUCUCUUAUAUUAUUAAUUUUUAUGGAUUUUGUUUAAAGUGAACAGAUAUGUGCAAACAGCCACCAUGAUUUCAUUCACACUAUGAGGCACACACACGCUGUUCUGCGAUUUAGUUGUCUUUAACCUCACUUAUCUGAUAGUUUGCAGCCGCGGCCAGUCAAAUGCUGCUGUGCCCAGUGCAGUUCAGCCGAAGUUAAAUCAAAAUGCCUCUACACAACGUUCAAACAGUUAAUCAGGUUACUCACAGGACAUUUGUUGUUUUUGUGACCAUGUAAAUUUUUAGCGUAAUAAUGACGCUAAAUCACUAGUAACAAGUUUUCUUUGAAUGUUUCUAGUUAAAAGAACUGUGUUUAUUGAUCAGACAUAAAAUAUAAGGGCUUCAAAGAUUGAAGCGGGAUAACCAUUGCAAAGGAAUCUGCACUACAUGUAAAUAUAUUUUUAGCAUAGCAUAUAAUAUUUGUCUGCAUUACCAUAGAGUUUUCUAUUUGACAUUUUUAUGCAAUUGUUCAUUGUUAUGUCCAUUUUUCGGCGUAAGCUGUAUUAAGCCAGCUUUUCACCCUGACUUGACCUUUGUAAGUGUCCAAUAAUAUUCAAAUAAAAUUUCCCGCGGCUAGGUACGAAUGAAUACACUUCAUUUAUUUCAUUGGCUGAUUUGAGUAUAACACCAGAACAUUGGAAACAUAUCCGCGUCUUUGUAACACUGUUUUACUGCAUGAAACAAUUUUAUCUCUAAUGAAAAGGCUCAAUAGAUAGAACAGUUUUACAAUCAAUUUCGACAUAAAUACAGUUUGUGCGUUCACCUUUUAUUUUCAGAGAAUUACCAGCGCAAAAGCGUUUAUACUAAAGGCUAUACUCUCAUAUUUAGUACUUACUUGCAUUGCAUUUCAACCCGCGAGGUUUCGGGUCAAUUCGCGGCCAGUGUGUGAAAGUCAGAGUUUAUAUACAGUUCAUCACCGGAGUUCGCAGAAGGGGUUGCGAUCUUUUCAUUGAAGGAAAAAAUUGGAAUCUAUGCUGUUUUUGUCUGAUGGAGUAAAUAGUUCGUUUAGUCGCUUUGUCGAUAUAUCAAUAUUUUAGGCACAGCUGUUGCCUUGGUCGUGUACAGUUGGCGUAAACAAGCCGUCGUUUCAGCAGCAGAAUUGUUACCCAACUUUAAAGUCUGUUUUGAUCAGAAAGAUACUAAAUAAAGAUAUUCGGCGAUAUUAUUGUGGUAUGUCAAUCAUCGAUUUUUAAUGUUUUCAACAUUUGCAUGAUAAGGACCAAUUUUGAUAAAAUUAAUUAGAAAUAUUUAUCCAUUUAGACCAGUUUAUUAAGCAUGAGCACAAUAAUUCACUAUACUAUAAUUAUGCAAUUAAAUAAGAUUCGAGUAUUGCCGGCUGACCUAUAUGCACUCGUUUUUUUUCAUGUUUCUUGUGUUUUUCUUUUCUGUAAAUAUAGAUAUCUGAGUAAUAAUAUCACAUAAAGCAAAAUAAGCCACGAAAUCUGGCGCAACACCCCGUAAUUGAUUUGCUUGUGAUGUAGCUAAGAACUGCGCAGAAAAAAGGCAUCCGCUACUUUUUAUCUCAUAGAGAUAACUUUUGAUCGUUCAUAAACAUCGACCACAAUCAACGCCGUAUAUCUUUUUUAAGGAUAUUUCUUGUUUCAUUUAUCAGAAAACUUAUGCUAAGGAGUUUUGCAUUUAUUUUAUGUGAGUAAAUAUAUAUAUAGUUAUACAUAUGUAUAAGCAGUUUUUAAAUCUUUACAUUUCAUAUCACAUGGAGUAAGGUACAUUUCAUCUUUCGUUGAUCUGUACCACAUGGAGUAAGGUACAUUUCAUCUUUCGUUGAUCUGUACCACAUGGAGUAAGGUACAUUUCAUCUUUCAUUGAUCUGUACUUAAAACUUACUUAUAUUGAAUUCAUAUUUAAAAUAUGCAUUUCUUUUAUAUUGUUAAAGUAAAAAAGUUAUCUUUAUUCAUAGGCGUAGCCAAGUUAUUAAAUUAGCAAUUAAAAGUAAACUCGUACUAAUCUAUGUACAUCAUAGAAUACUAAUAAUAUUGAACUUGAAAAAAAAUGCCGGGAAUAACACAUACUUUUAUUAUUUAUAAUGUAGAAAAUAACUUCGUGUUUUUGUUAUCUAAGGUUUAAAAUGUCUAUAAUUAAAAAUUAAAAUGUUCUAUAAUAAAAGCUUUAUGGUUAUGAUCUAUUUGUUUGUACUACAAAUAGUAACAAAACUAACACAUAACUAACAGCCUUACUUGUAUAAUACAGUGCAUGUUACCAAUGACAAUUGUAAAGUAUUACAUGAUAUUCAUUGACUAACUAUUAACACCAUGGUAAUUAAAGAACAUUAUGUUGAUGUGCAUUUCUGCACUGUGUGCUCUUUGCCUUCUGUUAAACGUUGUUGUUCUUCCCUUUGAUUUCCUCUCAUUUGAUUAAUAAAAUCUAAUUUUUCUAUAAUUAUGCGUUAUUCUUAUGAGUUGUAACUUUGUAAUUGUUGACGUUAAAGUAACAUGUAUAGCUUGUAACAUUGUUCAGUAUAAAUACACCGAUUGUUUACAUAAAUAAAAGUUGUAUGUUA